GAAUAAAGGUUACAAGUCCCAGCAAUAUGUCGACAUCCCCAACCACCAAUAUGACAGCAACAGCAGAAAGCUCAGUGACAAGUCUCACCAACGUGUCGACAACCCCAGCCAGCAAUAUGACAGCAACAGAAGUCACCGUGACGAGUGUAUCAAUGGCAGCAUCAACACAAUUUGUCCCAGUGUCCCCAAACACAACAGUGCUAACCCUUGAGGCCAACGUCACUAAUGCUGAGUGUGGAUCCAAACAGCUGUGUAUAGCUGAGCCCCCUAAGUGUGACCCCUUUGUAGCAGGGUCUUGCUUCUUCUUGGCUGCCAAGCAGGAAAGUGGUCGAAACUUUAACUUCGAUCUCUCAGGAGAAUCAAACGGAUACAUUGCAGCAACUCUGACAGGUGGCGGUGGGCAGGGAGACCCGACUUAUAUCUGUGCAAACAGCAAGGGCAAAGUCAAAUUCUUUAGUUCGAUCCUCAACAAUGGUGUUCUGAAUAUUUCACAGCUCAAUGUGAACUCAGUGAAGGGCAAGAUCAAGGGCAAAGCAAUUCAGUGCAGAUUCCUUGCCACUGUUCCAGAACCAAAAACUCGAGCAACAACCCUCGGCGUUGCGGUUUCAACGGGAGAGUACAACGACACUAACGAUGGCCUGGGUGCUCCCACCUCUGUUAUAAAGGUCAGCGCGGUAGAUCUGGCAAACCCUGAUAACAACGUAACCAACGAGAUUGCCAACACAACAACCCCAGCACCGACCGGAAACAGUGCAACCACAGUGGCACCAACAGGGGUUCUCAUCUCCCAACUUUCGACAGUUAUAACCCGGAAAGAAUGUGGCACCACAAAGCUCUGUGCAGCCGAACCCUCAAAGUGCAAUCCCGAUGCUGGAGAGAAUUGCUAUUUCCUAUCUGUCAAGCAACAAAGUGGCCAAAUAUACAACUUUGAGCUCUCAGGACAGUCAGAUGGCUAUGUUGCUGCUGGACUCUCAACCAGUGAAAUUGCGAAUGGCACUCACACGGCUUACAUUUGUGCAAACGAAAAUGGCAAUGUCAGAUUCUUCACUGGCAUCAUUGACAAUUUGGUGAUAAAUCACACAUCGCCGCAGAACUCAAGCAAUGAGCGGGGCACAGUCAACGGCAACAAAAUCCAGUGCACAUUUUCAGCUGAUCUACCAGACAGUUCUGUCCGAACAGCAAAUUAUGCUUUGUCAGUUUCAACUGGAACUUACGACACCAAGACCUUAAAGCUGGGAAAAACAACGUUCCGAUUAUUGACAAGUCGUACAAACUUGUCAGAUCCUACCGCUAACCUCACCAACCUGCUAAACAAUGCCCCCAUCAAUUACGCUUCCUCUUUCUUUCCUGCUCUGCUGGUCACCGUGUAUAUGCUGGCCUUCACAGCAAUGUGAAGAAACCAAUGUUUCUAGUGACUUGUGAUUUCUGCAACUAAAGAAAAAUGACUAAACUGGACCGUUUAAUGUUUAUUUAUUAUUUAAAGUUCAAACGUGAAUGUAAGACUUUAGAUCACUGGAGUACAAUUAAGUAGCAUGUCCUGUUACACUUUUAAAGAGUUGCAAGAAAAGUGCUGAUGUUUUUUGUUUGGGUGUUGUUGUUU